GGGCCCGUCUGCCUGGCACCGCCCACAGCCCGCCCCUAGGACUGGUCUCCGUCCCUGGUGCUGACGCAGCCCAGGGCCGGGGGGCCCUCCCUCAGAGAGCUAGAAACCCUCGCCCCAGGCUGGGCGGCGGUGGCCCCCGCCCGCCCCAACCCGGAGCCCCUAAACGCCCCUCUCCGCCGCGGCUCGACACAGACCGGAACUGGGGCGAGAGGCGGCCAGCCCCAGACCGGAAGCGGAAGCGUGGGGCGCUGCCGUGGAAAGAGCCUGCGGGGCUGGCUGCGUGGGGUGCGCUGUCUUCUUCGCGCGGGACCUGCUUCACGUGGGCCCGGCCUGAGCGCGCUGUGCCGACCAGAGGAGGAGCGUCCGGGCUCUUCCGCUGCCUGUUGUCCGGGGAAAUUCCCGUCUGAGUCACAGGAUGGCGGCCGUGGCUCUGCCCCCCACUUGUGCUCAGCCUUCCCUGUACUCAGCCUCUCCUCGGAACGGACGCACGGAGGAGGAAGGGUUGGCUAAGGGCUUCCUGACCGGCUGGUUACCGCACUCGGUGACCUUCGAGGAUGUGGCCGUGGAGUUCACCCAGGAGGAGUGGGCCCUGCUGGACCCUUCUCAGAGAACACUGUACAGAGACGUGAUGCAGGAGAACUGCAGGAACCUGGCCUCGCUCGGAUGUCAUGUUGAUAAACGCAGUCUGACCUCCCAGCUGGAGCAGGAAGACAAAGUGAUGACACAGGAGCGAGGAAUUCUUCCAGGCACCUGUCCAGGUUUGGAGACUGUACUUAAAGUCAAGUGGUUAACUCCUAAGAAGCACGUUUUUAGAAAAGAACAUUCCAAUGGUAUUAAAGCGGAAAGAAAUCAUCUCGGAGUGAAAGUCAAUGAAUGUAAUCAGUGCUUUAAAGUCUUCAGCACAAAAUCUAACCUCACUCAGCACAAGAGAAUUCAUACUGGAGAAAAACCCUAUGACUGUAAUCAGUGUGGCAAGUCCUUCAGCAGUAGAUCCUACCUGACCAUUCACAAGAGGAUACACAAUGGGGAGAAGCCCUAUGAGUGCACGGACUGUGGCAAAGCCUUCAAUGAUCCCUCAUCCCUUAGGCUGCACGUGAGAAUUCACACUGGAGAAAAACCCUACGAAUGUAAUCAGUGUUUCCAUGUCUUCCGCACCAGUUGUAACCUCAAAAGCCACAAGAGAAUUCAUACGAGAGAGAAUCACCAUGAAUGUAAUCAGUGUGGCAAGGCCUUCAGCACGAGGUCCUCCCUCACCGGGCAUAAUAGUAUUCAUACGGGGGAGAAACCUUAUGAGUGCCACGACUGUGGGAAAGCCUUUAGGAAGAGCUCCUAUCUGACCCAGCACAUGAGAACUCAUACUGGAGAAAAACCCUAUGAGUGUGAUCAGUGUGGAAAAUCCUUCAGCAGUAGCUUUUCUCUUACUGUGCACAAGAGAAUUCACACUGGGGAGAAACCCUAUGAAUGCAGUAACUGUGGGAAAGCAUUCAAUAAUCUCUCCGCUGUUAAGAAACAUGUGAGGACUCACACUGGAGAGAAACCCUACGAAUGUAAUCAUUGUGGAAAAUCUUUCACCACUAACUCUUACCUUUCUGUGCACAAGAGAAUUCAUAAUAGGUGGAUAUGAGUACAGUAAUUAGGAAAGCAUUCAUCGAUCUCUUAACCCUCAGACAACUGACGGUAACUCACUAGAUGGGUGAGUUAUCUGCUGCUGCCUAACAACUUUCCCUCCAAAACAUAGUGGCUUCAAACCUCAUACAUUUAUUAUAAUUUCUGUAGGUCGGGAAUCCGGAAGCAACUUAGCUGUGUAGUCCUGGCACAGAAUCUGUCAUGAGGUGAAAUCAAGAUGUCUGCUGGAGCCACAAUCAUUGGAGUCUUUACUGAUACAGAAUCUGCUUCCAGAAUGGCUCACUCACAUGUCUAGCAAGUUAAUGCCAGUUGUUGGCAGAGAAUCUUCAUUACUUCACUCUCCAGAGGGCCAAGUAUCUUCAUGAUGUAGCAUCAGGUUCCUCCCAAAGCAUUUGAUCUACAGGAGAGCUAAUGCAGAAGCCACAUUGUCUUUUUUGACCCAUCCUCAGGAGGACAUACUAUCAUUUCUUCCGUACUGUAUUGCUUACAGAGUGGGAAGAAACAACACAGGGUGUGUGUGUGUGUGUGUGUGUGUGUGUGUGUAUAUAUAUAUAUAUAUAUAUAUAUUAGGAGACAGAUCAUAAGGAACCAUCUGAGGAGUUUCCAUGAAAUCAGUGAAGAAAAGCCUUUAGCAGACUCUCAUUCUGCCAAUCUAUUGUAUAUGAAGUAGCCCUCGGUAACUUAAUUCCCUCUGGAGAGAAACCUCAUGAGUGCAAUCUUUGUGGUAAGCUUUCAGCUCAAACUCAUCCUAAUGUGCACAAAAGAUUAUGUGUGGAGAGAAACCUGAGGAGCGCAGUAGCUAUAGGAAAGCCUUCAGUGAUAUCUCUAGGGAGUCACAUAACAGUUCACACUAAGGGAAAAACCUUAAGACUAUCCUCAGAAUGCAAAAGCCUUCAGCGACACUCAUCCCAUAGAGCACAUGUGAGAAAUCACUACAGAGGAAUCCUAAAAGGAAUGUGGGAAACCCUUCAGCACAAGCGUUUGCAUUACUGAGCGAAAGAUGGGGAGAGAUUCCGAAUACAAUUACUGUGGGAAAGCCUCGAAUGUUCUCUCAGUUUUUAAGAGACACGAGGGUUUAUUCUGGAGAGAAAUUCUCUUCGAAUGUCAUCAGUACUGGAAAGUCAUUUUUCCACAUUCCUUAGGAAACAGAAUUCACUGCAAAGACACUUGUGAAUAUAAAGACUGAGGGAAGGCCUUUGAUGAUACCUCUUACAUUAGGAAAAAUAGGAAGUUUUCUUUGGAGGCAAAAGUUGUGAGUGUAUCAAUUUGGAAAAAAUCUUUCAGUGAUUCUUUGUUGGUUUGUGAGAACUCACAUUGUAGGGAAACCCUAGAAAAGUGAUGCCUCAGCUCUUUACUGAGGGGCCACAAAAUAAGUUAAACUGGGAAUGGAAAUUAUCGAUUUUGAGUGUGGGUUUACCUUUAUCUCGUCCUAAGAUCGGGCCACUAGUUCAUUAAUUUUCAGUCUUUUUGUUUUAGUAUAAACACGUCUUAUAGCCAUACCUAAAAUAAACCUUAAAUUAUGUUCCAUAGUUUUGUAUGUAACAUGUUAACUCUAAUUUACUCUUUAAAAACAUCAGUACAUAGCAUAUCCAAAAAGACAUUUCUGAAUAUCUCCUGAGUGAAUUAGUUUAUCAUUAGUGGAAAUUAGACCGUAUUUACUAUAUACUUUUUCUAGUUUAAUGGCAUUUUUGUCAGGUAAGCGGACUUUACGAUGCUGAUUGUUUUUUAUCUUUCUCCUCUAGUAUGGCAUUUUGUUUAGCUUCUUUCCCAAUGCCCAUCGUCCCCCACUCAUUUACGUAAAAAAUGUUUUCGUUGUCAUUCAAGUUGUCAAUGAGGAUUAAAAAUGCGCAACUUAUAAGGCUUCUCUGAGGCCCAGAGAGGUAUUGCCUGGCUCUGCUGACCAUGAGGAGUAGGUAGAAGUCACUGGGGAGAACACCAUCUGGCUCGUUCCCCACCUGUAUCCUGUUCGUCUUACCCGUGCUUUCUCUUGAAAGUCGACUCGAGGCCAAGAGUCAGAAGUGCUCUAUUUUGAUCGUGAUGCCAGACACCAUAGUGCAGCACAAAAUGACAGUGACAUGGGCUCCCCCUGGACCUCUGAUUGGCGGUCUCAGCUCUGGACUGCUUAUGCCCAGACUACUCCUUACAUGAUUAAAAGUAACCUCUAACUGGUUGAAGCCAAAGUCUUUUUCUCGGGGGGUUUGUUUUUGAGGUGGUGGUCUGUUCAUGUCCAGCCGAAUGCAAUAUCUAACUAGGAAACCUAUUAGUUGGUCCCAUUUGAUAAGUGUUCCAUGUUUCUUUGAAAAUAAUGUAUAUUCUCUAAGUUUUCGAUGUAGACUAUGUGCCCAUUAACUCAAGUUAAUUGUGUUUUCAGAUAUAGUAUGUACAUUCAGGUUUUUGUCCUCAAACUUAUUUAGUGGUAGAUGUCUAUUAAAGUCUUCUAAGGAUAUGGAUUAACAGUUUUUUUGUGUGUGUCAUUUCUGUCAUUUUUUUCUUUAUAUAUUUGGAUGUAUAACUAAAUACAUUCAGGAUUAGUUUUUUUUCCUUGUGAAUUGUUCCUUUUUAUGUAGGGGUCAUUUUUUUAUAAUGAAGUAUUUCAGUACAUUAAUAAAUGACUAAACAUUU